GGAGCUGCCACACCAUCCAAUAGAUUCGAACAUUUAUCUCCAAUAACUUUCGAAUUGUUUCACAUGCAAAUGAACUAUGUAAAAUUGAUGUUCAAACGUUUGUAUAGUGAAGAAGGACUGCAGGAACAAGGCACCCUAAAAUGUGAAGCAAAUAGGGUUCUAAGAACGAGUUUGAACCCAAAUGUUAAUGAGCAUUUUGAUGCAGAUAAGGACUUUAUUGUGUUAUUCACAGAUGCAUAUAUUGUUGAGGCCAUUACCCAUUUUUUUGAUAUGGAAAGUGUGUUUUCUGCACCAAGAAAAAAUGUAUUACCUGACAAUGUUUGUACAGAGGACCAAAAGAAGGAAUGGGUGAUGGAUAUGUUCCAAAAAAUUGUUGAAAUCUAUGUGUGGGAUAAAGAGAACAAACAAAACCAAGAGGAUAAUGUUGAAGUUGAUGGUGUUGUCAUUCCAAUUCAACUAAGUAAUGGAAAGAGACGGUCCUAUGUAAUUAAAAAGGCACAGAAAUCACAAACACCACAAGAAGACGAAAGUGAAAAAUUAUGGACAUUUAUGUCUUGAACUUGGGUUACAGUUCAAGGCAAUACUGGAUCUUUGCAAACUGCCAGAUAGGGAUCGUGGUCUACGACUAUUGAAAGUUUGCAUGAUACAUUUCAAGGCAAACAACAACUUGUCCAAGUAUGCCUAUGAAAUUUUAAGAUUAUUGGUUCAUCAGUUGUGCAUAUUGUCAGAGCAGGAGGCACAUGAAGAGUUUUAUGGACUCUUCGUGAACACUAAAGGGAAAAUAGACAGCCAUAUACCAUGUGAUUUACAAAUGGAAUACAUUGUGAAGUCCGUAAAACGUAACAUUAAACACAUGUUUUCAAAUAAGACCGAUAAAAACAUAACGACAAGAACAAGUGCUCUUCCAGCAAUAAAGGAUAUAGCUGAAAAUUUUGACAAAACUU